GUGAGUCAGUGUCCGGAAUGGAUUUGAGCCUGGUCUGCCUGAUGCCAGGACCCCGGUGAGGCUGAGACACUCCCCUAGCCCUUAAUCUCCUCCUUAACCUACUUUUGUUACUACCCUUUGGGUCUGACUCAAGCCCCCCUCCUCCUCUGGAACUCUGGCCUCCUCCCCAGGUUCCCCAUCUCCAGACACCAGGCUCACUCUGGAGGAAUCUUUUAACACAGUACCCCUCCACUGCUCACACAUAUUCCUUGGCUCCCCAUGGCCCUGGGAAUAAUGUCCCACUCCUCAGCCUGGUGUCUGAGGCCAGGACUGCUCACCCCGUGCCCACACCACCAGUUUCUCCUCUCAGCCUGUCCACUCCAACCACUCCACUCCUAAACACACUGUCCCAGCCAGCCAUGCUUUCUCAAGCUGCAGGGCAUCUGCUCCUAUUGUGACUUCUGCCUGAAAUCUGCCACGCAUUUGUUUCUGCCAGCUACUGUGACUCAUCCUCCAAGCCCCAGACUCAACGUCUCCUUCCCCAGGGAACCCUCCUCACAGCCCCUUCCAGCAUGGAGGCAUCGCUGUACCAGAGCAGGAGCUCUGAGUCUGUGGGGAAGGCCAGCAGGUUGGAGAGUCAAAGGCAGGCUUUAGGAAUCCUUGGCAAAACCCUACUCAUGUGUGGAAGGCCCAAGUCUAAUGCUUCCUCCUCCAGGAAGCCUUCCAAGAUUCUGUCCCUCUCUCUGACCUGACCUGACUCCACUGGACUGGGUCUGUCUGUGUCCAGCUCUGUCCUCUCCGAAGACUGGGUGCUUCACCAGAACCUGGCCAUACUGAGGCCUUUUGGAAGUUCAGCAUGGGUGAUUGUUGAAUGAACAAGUGAACACGUGGGUUGGGCGUCAACCGAGCUGACACCAGGAAGGGAGUUGAUGAGGUAGCAGUCGGUCAGUUAGGGUAUUAAUGGGGGACAUGUAGUCACUGGGUUCCAGCAAAAGAGAAGCAGGUCGCCCCUCCCCCUCCGGUGGGAAUCCUGGGCCUGAGGCCUUGCAGGGGGGCGGGUCUCUGUGUCUUUAUUCUUCCCCUCAGCAUUGCACCCGGACACCAGUUCCUCUUCCCGAGUCGCUGGGUGCAGAUCCUGAGGAGCGCCCCGGACCACAGCGGAUCCGCGGAGGGUGCUGACUACUUCGGCCCCCACGUCCAGAAGCAGCCUGGGCCACUCUGAGAUGAUGGUGAUGAUGAUGAUGAUGAUGAUGAUGAUGAUGAUGAUACAACACAAGCAGUGAGGGUGAGGUGAUCACAGGCUAAAGUCGGGGCUUGGAUUCUGGUGUCUCUGCCCAGGUUGCUUGAAUGGGGGGCUCCCUGGCGUGGAUGCUGUUGUUGCCACUGCUGCUGCAGGAUCCAGGCAGCCAAGUCUUUUCCUGCAACGUGUCCUCCGGGAUCGUGGACUGGGACACAGAGUUCACAGCCAUAUGCCUGAAUUUCAGUGGCCAAGGCCUCCUCCGACUGCCCCAGAACCAGUCUCUGCAGGCCGGGAACCUGCGCUACCUUAACCUGUCUGGGAAUAGUCUUCAAAAGCUACCACUGCUCUUCUUUAAACUCCUGGGAAAGCUGGAGGACCUAGAUGUGACAAACAACCCACUGACCUGCGUGGACAGGGAGCUGGCCAUGAGCUGUAAACUUGACCUGAAGGCUGACUGCAUCUGUGUCCUAAAACCCUGGCACCUGGUCCGACAGGACAACUGCUCCGGCCAGCCACCUCUCAAGUGCCGAGACCCAACUACUGGUGCCUGGCGCAAUGUCUCCGCCUUCCUGGAGGCUGGCUGCUCCCCUGGCCUGUCCUUGAUGACCAUCGGGGCACUGGUGGCCAGUGGCAGCCUGAUCCUGGGGCUCACCAUUGCUGGCCUAGUGCUGGCCUGGAGACUCCGGGGACGCUGGAGGGUGGGUAACUGGGACCUGGACAAAACAGGGGCUGCUCAGGAUGGUUCUCGGUCUGGCUCCGGCAAGCAGCCGAGAUACAGUAGCCGGGGCCUCAGCUCUAAGCCCCCAGCGGCUGCCAUGCCCAGACCCUCCACCCCCGACUAUGAGAAUGUGUUCGUGGGCCAGCCAGCUGCCGGGCACCAGUGGGCCGAACAUGGGGCUCACCCAUCAGAGAACAGCGACUUCUACAUGAACUACGAGGGCCCCGACCAUGCCUCCCAGCCUGUCUACGGCAACCUGCGGUCAAUGCACCAGACCCCACUUGACGAAGAGGAGUACGUGAUCCCCGGGCACUGAGCCUUUGAUGCCCUGAACUCCAGCCUGCUGCCUUCUACUUACUUGGGGCAUUCUGGCUCUUCCCUGGCCUCAGUCUUCCCACCUGAGGAAUGGGGACAAGGAAGGAUCAUCCCUGAGGCCCUGGGAGGCUCUUCAGCUCCCUCUCCAGCCCCCGCUCUGCUUCUCAGCUCCCUCAGCUGCUGCAAGGGGGAAGAGGAGAGGCCCUGACAUGGGGACAGGAGGGUCAGUUUGUGAACGCUGUCAUCACCCUCCCGUCGGUGUGCAGGCGGUGCUUAAUAAAUGCUGCUGGCUCCAG